GUAGAGCGAGCCAAUCUCUUCAAAAUUCCCUUUUGAAGUGCACAAAAGGCAAUCAGAAAGAUUGGCCUGGAGUUCUCCCUGGUAUUGUAUUUGCCUACAAUACAUCAAGGCAUGAAUCCUCAAAAUUUACGCCAUGUGAGAUGAUGUAUGGCAGGAAAGCUUUACUGCCCUGUGAGGAUGAUAGAGAACCAGAACAGAUCUUGACGAUCUUUCUGAUACAGAUUAUGACUGCAAUUUCCAAAGAAGGGCAGACAAUAUGAAAGGCAUAUUCAAGACUGCAACAAAAAAUAUUAUAAAGGCUCAGCUUAAGCAGCAACGAGAUUAUAAAACUCGUAAUGCUGUAAAGAAUGCACUUAAUCACAUAAAUGAUAAAGUGCUUGUGUGGAAUAAUCGUCGGGCUGACAGGAAAGGAGGGAAAAUGUUGCAGCCUUGGGUAGGUCCUUAUACAAUUGUUAGAAUUGUUAAUAGCAAUAUAGAAUUAUCCUCUUCAAAUGGAAAAAUUUUAAAUAUUAAGGCUAAUAUAAGUAAUUUAAAGCACUAUAUAGAGGGUAACAAAGAUACAGUCAAAAAAAUUGCGCAUUAUGAAACUAUAGAGGGUGUUCAAGAUCAAGUUUGUAGGCUUCUUAAAACUAUAGUUGGAGAAGGAGAAGAAGAAGCACUAUUUGAAGAAAUGUCCUGUGGAAUAAAAGUUUCAGGAGAAAGGUUGGAAUUUAGAAAGGUGGAUACUAAAAUAAAACGUGUCAAGAGAAAGGAUACUUUUGGUGAAAAACCAAUAAUAGCUAUUAAAAGUAUAGUGAGAGAGGAAGGAUAUAUAGGUGUACAAGAUCAGGGUAAUGACCAAAUUAUUUUGGAAGCAAUAAUACCAAAGAAAAUUGGUGAACUUUGCCCACAACAAGGAACUGGAAGGUAUAUCACUCUCAGUGGCGUAGCUAGGAAUUUUCCUUAGAGGGGGUCCAUACAUAUAAAAGCUGGGGGCUUCGCCCCCCAGACCCCCUUUAACGGGCCUUCGGUCCUUUUGCCCGGCCUUCGGCCGUGUUUAUCUUACAAAUCAUAAUCAUAUCUUCGAUAAUAUAUAAUAAAUAUAUUUUUUAAAUGCAUCAAUAAUAUGUUAUUAUAAUUUAGUAGAUUAUUCUCAAUGACUUUAUAAUAAUACUAUUCAGAAUAAUUUCAAUAGUAAUAUAAUAUCCUUCCACAAACAUCCAAACCAGAAAAAUAUAAUUCAUAUAAAAUCACUUUUAGGUCUUUUGAACAUAUAAUCUAAAAAAAAAUUUGCUCUGGGAGGGGUCCAAACCCGAAAACCACCCCCGUAGCUACGCCACUGAUCACUCUAAACGUUCAAUUUCAAAGUAAUUGGACGUUAUCCCAAGAUAAAAUGUGAUAUAUUAAAAGAGAUUUUCACAACCGAUCAUAUUGUGGGUGAUGGGAACUGUUUUUUAGGUGUAUAAGUCAAGAGAUAUCAAAUAGCCAGGAAAAUUAUAAUUACCUUAGGGAGGAAUGCAUUUUUUUUAUGAGGAGCGAAGAUUUCAAAUUGGAAAUGGGAAAUUUUUUAGGAUAUCCAGUAGAGGAAUACCUAGUUAACAGAAAUGUUAUGGGAAACGGUGUCUGGGCAACAGAUGUAGUAAUAUUAUCUAUGGCCACAUUGUUACAGACAAAUAUAUUAUCUAUGCCUAAUAUAAGUGGGCUUAUUAUUCGCCUAUGAAAUUUUUUAUUAAUAUUAAAUCAUUUAAAAAAAAUAUUUAUCUAUGCAAUGUAAAUAACAAUAAUUUUGUUAGAAUUAUAUCAAUGUGAUUAUCUAUUCUAAUAUUUUUAUUCCAUUAUAUUUAUUGCAAUUUAGUUGAAAGAUGAUAAUCGGUAAGUAUCUUUUUGUUAAA